UUUUUGGAUCAAGGUUUUAAUGUAGGCUGCAACUUUCUCAUCGUUUCAUAAAUUAUUACAUUAAUUGUAUUUGAUCUGCAAACUUUCUUUUUAUUGCUUUGAAGAUUUAACCCUAAAUUUGACACUUUGCAUGCCGGUUUCUUUCCAGCGAAUAGUAAAAGUCGGGAGGAGCAUGUACAAAACCGCAAUGAAACUUGAUCCAUGUACCUUACACAUCGCUGACCCACACACACACUCGCACCACCUGUUUCAGCCCACAUAACCUGAUCCAGAGUAGGCUACACAAUCUGACAGAAGUUUUCCAGCAACACAAGAAGAAUCACUGGAUCCGGUCUGUUCUACCGAGACCAGCUGCAAGGUAGACCAACAUCUGAUAAGUGACACUUCUGAACACUAUUCUGAACAUUGGGAAUCCACUGCAUUUGUGGGUGAACCAGAAACAUUGUGAAAGAAGAAACUCUGAUAAAACGGGGCACAAAAAGAAGCUGUCGCCAAAUCAAAUCAAUGAUGGUUUUGAAAAAGCUUCUGCUUUUCGGGAAACAGCUGCUAAGGUUGAAGGUUGUCGACUGCAACUCAGAGGAUUCGCGACUCUCCCGAUGCUUGAACACCUUUGACCUGGUGGCUCUUGGUGUGGGCAGCACCUUGGGAGCUGGGGUGUAUGUCCUCGCUGGAGCCGUGGCCCGAGAAAACGCAGGACCGGCCAUCGUCCUGUCGUUCCUCAUCGCAGCCCUGGCCUCAGUGCUCGCGGGCCUCUGUUAUGCAGAGUUUGGGGCGAGAGUGCCGAAAACGGGCUCAGCGUACCUGUAUAGCUAUGUGACUGUUGGGGAACUAUGGGCCUUUAUAACUGGCUGGAACCUUAUACUUUCAUAUGUUAUAGGUACAUCAAGUGUCGCCCGAGCUUGGAGUGCCACAUUUGAUGAGCUGAUUGGAAAACAAAUUGAGCAUUUUUGUAGACAGUACAUGUCCAUGAAUGCUCCGGGCAUUCUGGCGGAGUACCCAGAUAUGUUUUCCGUAUUCAUCAUCCUUACUCUCACAGGCCUGCUUGCCUUCGGGGUGAAGGAGUCAGCCAUGGUCAACAAAGUGUUCACCUGCAUCAACGUCCUGGUGCUGUUGUUCAUGGUUGUAUCUGGACUGGUUAAAGGUACACUGAAGAACUGGCACCUGGACCCUGAUGAGAUUCUCAGUGGAAACAAUUCCACCAUUAAUGCUACACAGCCCCUGCCAUCAAAAGAGAUUCUGGGUGAAGGUGGCUUCAUGCCUUUCGGCUUCACAGGGGUCUUAUCAGGGGCAGCUACCUGCUUUUACGCCUUUGUUGGGUUCGACUGCAUCGCAACUACAGGUGAGGAGGUGAAGAACCCUCAGAGAGCCAUUCCCAUUGGCAUCGUCUCCUCCCUCCUUAUCUGUUUUGUAGCAUACUUUGGUGUAUCAGCAGCCCUCACCUUGAUGAUGCCGUAUUACAUGCUGGAUAAGAACAGCCCUCUUCCUGUGGCCUUUAAGUACGUCGGCUGGGAAGGAGCCACGUACGCUGUGGCAGUAGGCUCCCUUUGCGCCCUGUCUACCAGCCUGCUUGGCGCCAUGUUCCCCAUGCCCCGUGUCAUCUGGGCCAUGGCUGACGAUGGCCUGCUCUUCAAAUUCAUGACUGGGAUCAACGAAAGAACAAAAACACCCAUACACGCCACUAUAACAGCAGGCUUUGUCGCAGCUAUUAUGGCUUUCCUGUUUGACCUGAAGGACCUGGUUGAUUUGAUGUCUAUAGGAACUCUUUUGGCCUACACGCUGGUCGCUGCCUGUGUUCUAGUACUCAGGUACCAGCCCGAGCAGUUUUCUCAUACAGAUCACACAGCUAGCACACAGGAUGACAUGGAAAUGUGCAUGACCAUAAGUACACCUAGCAUGGGGAUUCUUCCCGGCAUAGAAGAGCGUUUGAGCUUCAAAACAAUGCUCUUCCCCGACAUCACUGAACCCUCCAACCUUUCAGGCUUCACUGUUAACGUCUGUACGAGUCUGCUUGGUCUGCUGAUCUUCAGCUUUAGUCUGUUGGCCGUCCAGUGUGGAAGUGCAGUGUGGAAUAUUGUCAUUCUCAGUGUCCUGUUCAGCAUGUGUGUCAUUGUCACAUUUAUCAUCUGGAGACAACCUGAGAGUAAAACCAAGCUCUCUUUUAAGGUUCCUUUACUUCCAUUCAUCCCAGUGGUCAGCAUGUUUGUCAAUGUGUACCUGAUGAUGCAGCUGGACAGGGGUACCUGGAUACGAUUUGCCAUCUGGAUGUCUAUAGGACUCAUAAUCUACUUUGGCUAUGGAAUUUGGCACAGUACUGAAGCCACACUGGCCCAUACCAGUAUGGAAGAGGAGCUGAGUGUGUACAAACCCACCUGCAGUCUAAACAGGGACAGUGUGACCCCGGAAAAGGAGGCUUUCCUCUGUAACGGAUCACGAGUUGAUGAGGACGGAGAUCUCUAAUAUGGAACAGUGUUACAUUAUUUGCUCAAACUUUACAUGAAAGCACACCGCCGGGAGGUUGUGAGGAGCACAGGCCGUUGGAAUUGAAUCAGAUUGAGCUCAAUGAUCCUUUUAACAAUGUCACUUCCUUGUGACAAAGUCUAAGAGCUUUGUAAAGUGCACACUACAUGGGUGGAAGUUUUUGAUUAUUCUCGCAACUCAAUGGUUUUGUUUCCUACUUCAGAAAUCUUGAAGAAACCAAAACAGGCGCAGGGCCUUUUAUUGAGUGGUUGUGGAGUAAAAAAAAAAAAAAAAAAAAAAAUGCCAUCCAUAA